AAUUUAGUGUCUAUAUAUAUAAAUAUAUUAUGUAUAUGCAAGUUCCAAGGCAGGAGGACCAAGCUAGCCUUGUGUAUAUUUCCUGUCAUCUUACACACACCCACCCUUAGUUGAAGUUCUGAAAAAGAAAAAGACGUGUUUUGGGAAUCUUUAUAUCAAAAUAUUAAUCACUAUUAUUUGGUGAUUGGUUACCCAGAAAAAUACUAAAAAAGAAAUAUGGAAGAGAAAAAUAAGAGAGAUGUAAAGAUGAGAAAGAAAGGUGGGUCUAUACGAUCCAUUUUCAUACAUGCAGAUGGUUUUGAUUAUUGCUUGAUGAUCCUUGGCUUUCUGGGUUCUGUUGGUGAUGGUUUCACUACUCCUUUGGUGUUGUUAAUCACUAGCAAAUUAAUGAACAAUAUUGGUGGAGUUGGAUCAACCUCAAUCUCUUCAACUGAUCUUUUUCUUAACAAUAUCAAUAAGAAUGCAGUGGCGUUAUUGUACUUGGCUUGUUUGUCAUUUGUGACUUGUUUUUUUGAGGGAUAUUGUUGGACAAGAACAGGGGAAAGACAAGCAGCAAGAAUGAGAGCAAGAUAUUUAAAAGCAGUGUUACGACAAGAUGUUGGGUACUUCGAUUUACAUGUAACAAGUACUUCUGAGGUUAUCACAAGUGUCUCCAACGACAGCCUUGUAAUUCAAGAUGUUCUUAGUGAAAAGUUACCCAAUUUUUUGAUGAAUUUUUCAAUGUUUGCCGGGAGCUAUAUAGCGGCUUUCAUAAUGUUGUGGAAAUUGGCAAUAGUGGGUUUUCCAUUUGUGAUUCUUUUGGUAAUUCCUGGGUUAAUGUACGGAAGAACUUUGAUGGGAUUAGCUAAAAAGAUUCGAGAAGAGUAUAACAGGGCUGGGACUAUAGCAGAGCAAGCCUUAUCAUCGAUACGCACCGUUUAUUCAUUUGUAGGAGAAAGUAAAACCAUAACAGAGUUCUCUGCAGCUUUACAAGGAUCGGUGAAAUUGGGGUUAAAACAAGGGUUGGCUAAAGGUUUGGCGAUUGGAAGUAAUGGCAUUGUGUUUGCUAUUUGGUCUUUUAUGUCAUAUUAUGGAAGUAGAAUGGUUAUGUAUCAUGGGGCUCAAGGUGGAACUGUUUUUGCUGUUGGUGCAGCCAUAGCCGUUGGUGGAUUAUCAUUAGGAGCUGGUUUAUCAAACUUAAAGUACUUCUCAGAAGCUUGUUCAGCAGGAGAGAGAAUAAUGGAGGUAAUUAAAAGAGUUCCUAAGAUUGAUUCAGAGAGCAUGGAAGGUGAAGUAUUGGAGAAUGUUUCAGGGGAAGUUGAAUUCAAACACGUUGAGUUUGCUUACCCUUCUAGACCCGAAAGCAUAAUUUUCAAGGAUUUUUGCUUAAAGAUUCCAUCGGGAAAGACAGUGGCUUUGGUGGGGGGAAGUGGUUCGGGAAAGUCAACAGUAAUAUCACUGUUGCAAAGAUUUUAUGACCCACUUGGUGGUCACAUAUGCCUUGAUGGUGUACCCAUUGAUAACUUACAGCUCAAGUGGCUAAGAUCACAAAUGGGUUUGGUUAGUCAAGAACCAGCUCUUUUUGCAACAUCUAUUAGGGAAAAUAUAUUGUUUGGAAAAGAAGAUGCUGAUUUAGAUCAGGUUGUUCAGGCUGCUAAAGCUUCUAAUGCUCAUAAUUUCAUCUCUAAAUUGCCUCACGCCUAUGAAACUCAGGUUGGUGAAAGAGGUGUUCAAAUGUCAGGAGGACAAAAACAGAGAAUAGCCAUUGCCAGAGCAAUAAUAAAAAAACCAAGGAUCCUUCUUCUAGACGAAGCAACAAGCGCCUUAGACUCAGAAUCAGAGAGAGUGGUUCAAGAGGCACUAGAUAAGGCCGCGGUGGGCCGAACAACAAUCGUCAUUGCCCACCGCCUCUCCACAGUUCGCAAUGCGGACAUCAUAGCCGUCGUCCAAAACGGCCAUGUUAUGGAGACAGGCUCACACAACAACCUUAUAGACCGCGAAGACGGUCUAUACGCUUCUCUCAUUCGCUUACAGCAAAUGGAGAAGCACAAAACACUAGAAGAACCAUCAUCAUCAACAACAACAACGAGACACAUUGGUUCUUCUUCUAUCUCGAGCAUGGAGUUGAACAACACAAGCAGCCGCCGUCUCUCGUUGGUGAGCCGCUCCAGCUCGGCUAAUAACUCGGCUCGGUUUUCGCUAACUGGAAACGACAACGUUUUGGAAACCGAAAGUAGUGGUAGUGGUAGAUCGCUCUCGGUACCUUCUUUUAGGAGGCUUUUGGGUAUGAAUGUUCCUGAGUGGAAACAGGCCAGCCUCGGGUGCUUAAGCGCGGUACUUUUCGGUGCUGUUCAACCGGUCUAUGCUUUCGCUAUGGGUUCGAUGAUAUCAGUUUUUUUCUUGCCUAAUCAUGAUGAGAUUAAGGAGAAGACUCGGAUUUACGCGCUGUGUUUUUUGGGGUUGGCUAUAUUUUCGUUGGUUAUUAAUAUUUGUCAGCAUUACAGUUUUGCUUAUAUGGGAGAGUACUUGACUAAAAGAGUCAGAGAGAGAAUGCUUUCUAAGGUACUUACCUUUGAAGUUGGGUGGUUCGAUCAGGAUGAGAAUUCUACUGGUGCUGUUUGUGCUAGACUUGCUAAAGAUGCCAACGUGGUGAGAUCAUUAGUAGGUGAUAGAAUGGCUCUUCUUGUACAAACCUGCUCAGCUGUAAUAGUAGCAUGCACAAUGGGCAUGGUAAUUGCAUGGAGACUAGCCCUUGUUAUGAUAGCCGUACAACCCCUCAUCAUCGUUUGCUUCUACACACGUCGAGUCCUACUAAAAAGCAUGUCCAAUCAAGCCAUUAAAGCCCAAGGCGAGAGCAGCAAACUGGCUGCCGAAGCUGUUUCCAAUCUUCGAAUCAUCACAGCUUUCUCUUCCCAAGACAGAAUUCUCAUGAUGCUUCAAAAAGCCCAAGAAGGCCCAAGUCGAGAGAGCAUGCGUCAAUCUUGGUAUGCAGGAAUUGGGCUUGCUUGCUCUCAAAGCCUCACUACUUGUACUUGGGCUUUUGACUUUUGGUACGGUGGAAAACUCAUUGCUAACCACUACAUCUCAUCCAAAGCCUUAUUUGAAACCUUCAUGAUUUUGGUAAGUACUGGCCGUGUCAUAGCUGAUGCUGGUAGCAUGACCACGGACUUAGCUAAGGGCUCGGACGCUGUUGGGUCAGUCUUUGCAAUAUUGGACCGUUACACACGUAUUGAGCCCGAAGACCCGGAGGGCCAUCAGCCCGAAAAGAUAAUGGGCCACGUUGAGCUUCGUGAUGUUCACUUUGCGUACCCAGCUAGGCCCGAUGUGAUGAUAUUUCAAGGCUUCUCGAUUAAAAUCGAAGCAGGGAAAUCAACUGCUUUAGUGGGCCAAAGUGGUUCAGGCAAAUCAACCAUUAUUGGAUUAAUCGAAAGAUUCUACGACCCACUUAAAGGAGUAGUUAAAAUCAACGGUCGAGAUAUAAAAUCGUACCAUCUAAGAUCGUUGCGAAAACACGUGGCACUAGUUAGCCAAGAGCCAACUCUAUUCGCUGGAACUAUUAAAGAGAACAUUAAAUAUGGAGCGUCCGAUAAGAUUAGCGAGGCGGAGAUCAUAGAAGCGGCUAAAGCAGCGAACGCUCACGAUUUCAUCUCGGCAUUAAAGGACGGAUUCGAAACAUGGUGCGGGGACAGAGGAGUACAGCUCUCUGGGGGUCAAAAGCAAAGAAUUGCAAUAGCAAGGGCCAUACUGAAAAAUCCAGCUAUUCUUCUAUUGGACGAGGCCACUAGUGCCCUUGAUAGUCAAUCGGAGAAAGUAGUACAAGACGCGUUAGAGCGCGUGAUGAUUGGUAGGACGAGCGUGGUGGUUGCUCAUAGGUUGAGUACAAUUCAGAAGUGUGAUACCAUUGCUGUUUUGGACAAAGGGAAAGUGAUUGAGAAAGGUACUCAUUCUUCUCUGUUAGAUAAAGGUCCUCAAGGAGCUUAUUAUUCUCUUGUUAGCCUUCAACAAACGCCAGCUUCCACCACUCACGCGCUCAACUAACAUAUUCAGCCUCUCGUGUCAUCUACGCGCUGGUAAUUCACUACUUGUCUAAUUUUACUGUACUUUUUUAAGCCCUUUUGAAGUGACGGGUGGAAAUGUACAGUGAUUUAGUAAAUUGGUAUUAUUGUUCGAGAACUUUCAAAGGAGGUUUAUUUAGUAAUAUAUAAAUAUAUAUAAUUUUGUUUAAUAAUAAUAUGGUCUGUAAUUGUACGUGUACUGAAACAAAGUGUUUCAGAAUAUUGAACUGUGUAUCUGUGACUGUGUAUAUAUAUUUAUAAUUAAUAUCUUAUUGUAUGUUUA